ACAAGUCAAGUAAUUUCUGCAAGAGGGAAAGUUUACAAUUUUUCUAAAUCCGGAAAAAAUAAACACAUAGAGGUUUAAAUAGUGCUUUUAUAUCCAAAGUUAUUAAUGUGAAUUAUAUUCCACCCUCGCCUUUUCACGUAGACAAAGAAUGUUGGUGUCUAACGUGAGCCUCAGCUGUACUCCGGACAAAAGCAUUUGGUGCCUGACAGACUCGAAUGGGCAUCGCGAGGCAAAGUUGGAUCAUAACCUCACGCCAGCCGGACACCUCGUAGUAGCCAUUUGCUUAGGUUUUAUCGGGACGCUCGGUUUUUUCAACAACUCCCUGGUGCUCGUGCUCUUCUGUCGCUAUAAAAUCUUGCGGUCGCCCAUCAACCUGCUGCUGAUGAAUAUUUCAGUCAGCGAUCUGCUCGUCUGUGUGGUCGGCACGCCCUUUAGCUUUGCGGCCAGCACCCAAAGACGCUGGUUAAUCGGGAAGACGGGAUGCAUCUGGUACGGCUUCAUCAAUUCAUUUUUAGGUACGGUAUCCCUUAUUUCCCUUGCUGUUCUUUCUUACGAACGCUAUUGUACAAUGAUGGGCUCAACAGAAGCUGAUGAAACAAACUACAGAAAAAUUUGUCUUGGUAUUUUGGUGUCCUGGAGCUAUUCCCUUUUUUGGACUUUGCCCCCACUAUUUGGAUGGAGCAGCUAUGGGCCUGAAGGACCAGGGACUACGUGCUCAGUUAACUGGCAUGCAGACAAUGCCAACAACAUCUCCUACAUCAUAUGUCUCUUCAUUUUCUGUCUUGUGCUGCCAUUUCUGGUUAUAGUCUACAGCUAUGGAAGAUUGCUGUAUGCAAUCAAGCAGGUGAGGCGUAUAAACACUGGAGUGGCCCGUACCAGAGAACAGAGGAUCCUCUUAAUGGUUAUGGCAAUGGUUAUCUGCUUCUUAAUGUGCUGGCUUCCUUAUGGGACUGUUGCUCUCAUAGCCACCUUUGGAAGUCCAGGUCUCAUCACACCAGAGGCCAGCAUCAUUCCAUCACUUCUUGCUAAAAGCAGCACAGUUGUGAACCCCAUCAUUUACAUAUUUAUGAAUAAACAGUUCUACAGAUGUUUUCGAGCUUUCCUUACAUGCCAAAAUCCUACUGCCACUCCCAGCACUAAGAACUCAUCCAAAUCCACCAAAGUGUGUCGAAAAAUCCAGGAGAACAAUUUCAGUCAUUUAUUGGCUUCUGUAGAGCAUGCGUCCACAGUGCCCAAGAAGAGGGCAUCAGAUGCAGAAGGGGCAUCAGCCAGCUGUGCCACAAAACAGGUGCUGUCACUUGUUGUGCAUUACAGUGAAUGAACCAGCUGUAUUUCAAUAUUGACUUAGUCUAUUUUGGGAGCAAUACCAGAAGGAGAAUGAAAAUAGAGAUAAGAUUUGAAAAAAACUGCAAGAUGAAGGACCUGACCAGCUUCAGUUCUUUGUUUCCUUGAUCGGGACCCCAGCUUUUCAAGACAUUGUGUUUUAAAGGUGAAGUGCAACGUGAAGUCCAAACUUAAUAGCCUGUCAGUUCUAUUCCUAUGUGUGUAUUUUUGUCUGAGCCUGUACUUAACUAAUAAGUGAAAAGCCUCCAGUGAAGCUGGAAGUGGGUCUGCUGUUUGUGCUGGAUUAUCCUUGUGUUUAUCCUUCUUGGCUCACUGUAUAUUCUGUUGGUGGAUUUUCCCUCAACUCUGUGUGUUGACAGUAACAAUAGUGUAUUCGUUAAAAUGUAUGUGGUGUGUUCAUGCAGUACUACGCUAUGGAAAUUCUUUUAAUUGAAUGUGUAUAGAUUGCUAUAACAUCAAACUUGCUAAACUUUUUAGAAAAUGCAGAGAAUGAAGCCGCAAGCACAUAUCACAAGAAUGACGUUCACUCCCAAUAAUUUGAUUUAUUUGAAAGAAGGCAGCUUUCAGGUUUUAGAAAUUAUUCAACCUCCAGAAACUGGGGGAAAUGAUUUACAUAAAAUCUUUGGACAUUGCAAUUUGUAAUUGGUUUAAAAGAAAUGUACAGUAUAUUUUCAGAAAAACCAGCUCUGUUCAAAUGUAGAAGCCAACCAUCCAUGUAUUGAUUCCACUAAAUCCAAACCCAAGGAUGUGAAAUGGGAUGUAGCCCUGAUGGAAAGGGUCUUUUUAAAAAAAAUUAAAAAUUCUGGACUUUUUUAAUUAACAUACCAUUUUGUUCAUUUUCAGCAUAUGUUAAUACAUUUCGCUGGCCUGGGGGUUUCUUGUGAAAAGGUUAAACUAAACAGAGAUAUAAGAAACACCCGUAAGUCAGUGACAUUUCUUAUUUGUUGCAUAGCUUUGUCUCUCAUUCUAAUUUUUAAAACAGCAUCAAAUUAGUGUUAAUUUCAAGGCGAAAUGCUGACAAUUUUUGUGUAUAAUUGAACUAGCCAACUAAAUAAAUAAAAUAAUUGUAAAAUAGAGCACAGUAUUUGAUAAUACUGCUAGCUAUCAUGAAAUGAUGUAUCAGUGUUUAGUUCAGUUACAGUAAUACACUUUUAUUUAAAAAUGACCUUAUGUUUAAAGGCUCUUUAUAUUUCAUAGUGGGACCUAUCCAGACGGGACAUUUCAUAACAGCAUACGUCUCUUUUCAAGCUCUUAUUAAUCAAUUAGUCGUUUAUAUGCAUUGUUGCAAUUUUCUUACAUUUAAUGACUCAUUUAUAUAUAAUUGCACUUUUUCAUGUGAUUAUUUAUUUCAUAUUAUUUUCUAACCCUCCUAAUCUUUUGCAGAGUUGCAGAGAUUACUGGAGCCUAACCCAGCAGGCAUAGGGUGCAAGACAGAAACAACCCCUUGACAGGCUGCCAGCCCAUCACAGGGCAAACUCACACACACACACCAAACACACACUGCGGCCAAUUUAGUGACACCAAUCCACAUGUCUUUGGACAGUGGGAGGUAAAUGGAGCGCCCAGAGGAAACCCAUACAGACAUGGCCUCCACAUAGUGAAGACCCAAGGCAUGAACCCUGCUCUCCUUACUGUGAGGCAACAGCGCAAGCACAGUACCACAAUAUUUAUUUCAUAAUUCCCUUUUCAUUUGUUUCAUUUUGGCAUUUUGAGAUUACCAGCCUAAUUUAACACAUUUCCGAAUCGCAAGGGACACACAACUCAUACCACAACAGUAGCUAUCUAAUGUUAAACUCACAAAUUAUUAGCAGAUGGUAUUCUUGACACUUUGCAAUCCAAUGGAGCUGACUAAUUAGAUAAAAAUGUAGCUACAGUCAUAAUGUAUCGCAGAACGCGAAAUUUCUAGCUGAAAAGCCCGACCUUCUGUUCUUGAUUAUUGGCAUAGCUGUUCUAUAUUCUGGGACGAUCAUUUUCUUUUUUCUUUCUCCUUUCAUCCCAUUUUGAAAAACUACUGGUUGCUAUAAAGUAUCAGCUGAUUCCUGCUAGCUACAUGUUUUUUUUUCCAGAAUGUAUUUGUAGUGGUUUUAAUUUGCAUUUAAUUUGUAUGUGUUGUAUUUUUUAAUAAAAUGUAAAGGGUAUUUUAUGAACUUCA